AUGCCGUACCCAUCGUCACCGUCCCCACCCGUCGACGGCGUUCGCCUCAUCGACCCCUCCCCCUCGACGGACUCCGUCAACCCUCGCCGCCCGUACCCCUGCAUCGGGGGUGAGCCCCUUCCUCCCUCCCGCUACUUUCCUCGCACACACCCGUCGCCCGUGCGUGGCCACGCGCCCGCGCUGUCCCCGUCGCGGUCACCAUCCCCUCCUAGCUCCAGCGCGCGCACCGCACCAGCCGUCCCCGCGUCGUCCCGCUCCUCGCGCCCACCAUCGCGGUGCCCGCCCGCCUGCCUCGCGCCCCAGCCACUGCCGUCCGCGGCCACCUCCACCCGCGCCCGACCUCGGCAACCGCCGCGCCUGCCUUACUCCUCGCACCGGCCGCGGCCUCGCCUAGCGCCGCCCUUGGCCGCCGGCGCCCUGCUGCUGGCCUGGGCAAGGGCCCCGAUGGGCUGGCGCCCGUCGCCCGUAUCCCCCUCGCCCGUUCGGGCUGAGCCCGUAGCCCACACCCGCUAUGGCUCCUCCUGA